AUGAAGUCGGAUCAGGCCAGAGACUCGAAAGUACGUGACCCGGAGGCGCAAGAUGGCCAGCUGGGCAGACGUUCGCAACGUCUCGCCUUCAAGGUCGUUGUCGCUUGUACUGCAGUGUAUGCGGUCUACACUCUCGCCGCAACUAUCGUAUCUACAUUGGGUUGUUCGAACGACUUGUGGCCGAUCAAUGCAUUGGCGGAGCGUCCCCCUGCUCUCAAAUCGCGGGAGGAGGUGGAACAGCUGUACCUCUCUGUUCCGGACGCACAGAGUGCACGCAACGUUUCGAGGAUAUACUCAACCCGUCCGCACGUAGCAGGCUCUCUCGGUGAUUAUCUCGCAGCACUAGACAUUCUCGAGCUGUUCCAAACGGAACUGGGAAUCGCACCUCCUCCCAAGACACCAGUCUUCCCCGCAGGGUCGCCCGCAUCGCGUGCAGCGACGCUCGGGAUAGGGAGCUUGACGGAACCGAACGCAUGGAUCGACACGUACUACCCGCUCAUGAACACGCCCCUCGACCGCGCCUUGUCGAUCGUGGACCAGAACGGAAGCGCGCUCUGGGAGGCGGACCUAGUGGAGCAUGGCGAUCCGCGCGACCCGGGCACGGUCAAGUACCAGGACGUGGUGCCGACGUUCCACGGCUUCAGCGCGGAUGGCGAUGUCGAGGGUCCACUCAUUUACGUGAACUACGGCCUGAAGGCCGACUACGACGAGGUCCUCGCUGCCGGCGGAAACUUCACCGGGAAAGUCGUCCUCGCGCGAUACGGCGGGAACGCCCGCGGGCUUAAGGCAAGAUUCCUGUUCUCCACCUAUGUGCAAGCUGCGGAAGAGCUCGGUGCAGCCGGCGUGAUUAUGUACUCAGACCCACGCGACGACGGCCCAGUCACGGUCGCGAACGGGUACGAGGCAUACCCUGAUGGGCCCGCGCGCAACCCAACGUCUGUGCAGCGCGGAAGUGUGCAGUACAUCUCGCUGUACCCGGGGGAUCCAACGACCCCAGGGAAGCCGGCGUACCCUGACGCGGUGCGCACGGAAGCCGAAAACGUCCCGAAGAUCCCGAGCCUGCCGAUCUCAUGGGCGAACGCGCAGCGGCUGCUUAAAGAAGUCUCCGAUCAUGGGCUUGAAGACGCGUUCGCGCUUGACGGGAAGUCAAGCACACGGCAUGUUCGGCUAGUAAACCACGUGCACACUAGAAUCAUGCCCAUAUGGAACGUCAUGGCCGCCAUCCCUGGGCAUAUCCAUAAUGAGACCGUCAUUAUCGGCAACCACCGCGAUGCAUGGGUCAUGGGUGCUGUCGAUCCGACUUCCGGUACUGUGACCUUGCACGAGAUUGUGCGCGGUUUCGGCGCGCUGCUCAGGAGUGGCUGGAAGCCCCUCCGGAAUAUUGUAUUCGCAAGCUGGGAUGCGGAAGAGUAUGGUCUCAUUGGCAGUACCGAGUGGGCAGAGGAUUUCCCUGACUGGAUAUCCGGGAACGUCGCCGCGUACAUCAACGUCGACGGGUCUGCUGGCGGCGCGCCCUGGGUGGUGACGGGGUGUCCGUCCCUAGCUCAUCUCAUUCGCGACGUCGCGCUCGACCUUCCGCACCCAACGGCCCCAGGGAAGACUCUGUGGGAUGCGAGGAACGACAUCGGGCCAUUCCACGGGCCUGCCGAUGCGGACUUCGUAGAGGCCUAUCUCGCGAGUCGUAUUGCGAAGCAGGACGGUGAUGUCGGCGGCAUCGAGCCUCUUGGCUCAGGAAGUGACUUCACGCCGUUCCUGCAACGGCUGGGGGUUGCCAGCAUGGACGAGACUUUCAACCUGUCGCCGACGGACGCCGCGUAUCAUUACCACUCCGUAUACGACUCGGAGAUGUGGAAGGAGAAGUACGCCGAUCCGAGCUUCGAGAAGCACGUCGCCGUCGCGAAGCACCUCGGCAUCGUUCUGUUGCGGCUGCUGGACUCGGUGAUCCUGCCGCUCAAUACCACGCACUACGCACAUGAGCUCGACAAAUAUCUCGACAGCGUGGAAGAAGCCGCAUCCUCGCUCGGCCUCUCCCCCGACCUGUCACAACUCCGCAAAUCGAUCAAGAACGUCAACACCGCCAGCUCCGCACUCGACCACGCCAAAAACGACGCGGCGCGCACGUUCGAAGACGUCCUCCGCAAACAGCCAUGCUACAACAGCAGCGGCCUCGCCUGCUGGCUGGAGAGGCUGCGCGACAUCGCGCGCGGCUCGCCGCUGCGGCGCCAGCUGUUCUGGGCGGCGUGGCAUGUGCGGCGGGCGAACGAGAAGCUCAUCGGGUUCGAGCGCGGGUUCAUCUCCGAGGACGGCCUGGAGGGGCGUGAAUGGUACAGGCACCUGGGCGUCGCGCCCGGGAAGUGGCUCGGGUAUGGUGCGACAACGCUGCCAGCGGUCGCAGAGGCACUGACGAUCGAGAAGAACGUGACGCUGGCGGAGAAGGAAGCAAAGCGUCUGACGUUGCUGCUGAACAAGCUGGCAAGAACGUUGGUGGAGUAGCGGCGUUCAUCCUGACCAUUGGAGGCUGGAAGCUACGCUGUGUCGCCCAUGUAGCCAGAUGGGGGAAUGCGUCUGCCUCGGAGGAGUUUUUAGGCAUCAAUUUGUCAGUUUCACGGUGAACAUCGCUCAACAGCCGCGUAGGUGGUGAAGCUGGAAGCUCUGCUCCCAGGCCGUGUGAGAAAGCACAUGGUCACGUCGUGGGUGUUCAUACGUUCAGACCUG